AUAAUAAGUAAAUUAAUUAAUAGGUUAUCUUAUUCCCUUAUGCCUAAUUAAAUAAACUUGUUUUAUAACACAAGAAAAUGUUAAGUUACCUGCUAUCCUGCUGAUACAGUAUAAUAAAGGUGUUCGUUAAAUAUGCAUUUAGUUAAAUUUCACAGAAACCUUCCAAAGUUUAAGUUUUGGACUAAAAGGAGAUAUUCUCAUGCACUACUUACUGACGAAAAUGAAUAUACUGAAGCACCCGAAUAUCCUCCAAUAUUGGAUAUGUCACUACAAGGAAGAAAACUACGAGAAAGACAAAUUGUUCAUGAAAAAAUCCAAAAAUUAAACACUGUGGAAGAAAAACAAAUUGCUCUAAAUAUGCCCCGAUAUUACGGAUGGAAGUGUGUUAUGUUGAAUGAAGAUAAAAUACCUUAUAAUGCCUUACCUUUGGUGAAGUGCUACACAAGGACACAUUUUAUACCAUCAAGUUCUCUCCCAGACGUAUAUUCUGAAACAGCAUCACUUGCAGAUUUGGUUGUAAAACAAACUAAAUCACUAAUUGAGGAUAUCAUUAUUUUGGAAUCGGAAGCUGUUAAACACAAUUAUGUCGCAGAACAAGAAAAACCUGAAGAACAACAGAAAGAAGAUAUGAUAACAAAAAAUAUAGUGAAACAAAUUAACAGAAUAAUUUGUAAUAAACUUUCAGACAAAGCUUCACACAUUUUAUCUUCUCAGGUAGGUAUUUAAAACACAAUGGAGGUAAUGUAGUUUAGUUUUAUAUUCUCAGAAAAUUGUGUCAUUGGAACUUCAUCAACAUCAUCAUUACAGUCCUUUACUGCAGAACAUAGGCCUCCCCCAAGGAAUGUUACAAUCCACAAAUCACGGCCCUAAGCCACCUUCAUCAAUCAAUUUCCUGCAUGUCUUAUCAGGUCGUCACUACAUCCAUUGGGAGGUCGCCCUACACUUCGCCUACCGGUACGAGAUUGUCACUCGACAACCUGAUUUCCCUGUCGGUUGUCGGUUCUUCGAGCUAUAUGGCUGGACCAUUGCCACUUCAGCUUACUUCAGUUGGGCUAUGUUGGUCACUCUGGUUCUACUGCGGAUAUUUACGACUCUGUUAUCCAUAAUUUUAAAUGAAUAUGUAAUUUAAAAUUUCUCCUCUAAGUAGGUGGGAUUUGUGAAACAUGUUCACAUUUUUUUUUGUUCUUCUUUAGAAUAUUACAAAUACCAUAAUACUCUGCGUAAUUCUUCUUGUUGUGGUGGCGCGGCGUAAGAGAGUCCAUCACCCCAUUACAUCCCGUAGAUAUCGUUAAUAGGGACUAUGGGGAAUGCCAGAAAGAUUUAACUUUUUACGAAUACGAUAUAGUGGCAUAACUAUUUCGUUUUCGCCAGACGUAAAGUACCUAAGUCGGCGGCGGGGAGCAGCAUUAAAUGCGCGAAACUUCUGAUUCUGCGAAAUUCGCCUGCCAACCGUGAUCUUUAAGGCAAACUUAUCCGCAAUGUCGCGGGUCCAUGCCCAGCAACGGACGUUUAAAUAUGUAAAAGGCCCGGGUUUUAUUAAAAAAAUAAAUAAACAGGUAAGUUUAAGGACGCGCGAAAUGUAAAGUUCGGCUGUGUACAUUUUCCAUAUAUUCAAAAUCUCAGUUAAAAAAAGUUAAGUGUGUUAUAGAUUAGGUGUUAAGUGAGCUCAUAAUUAUUUUAAAAGAGCUAAUCUAAUGGCACCUAACUCUACAUGAAGCCUCAAAAAAAAAGUUCCUGGUUCCUUCUAUGACAUGAUCAUGACCAAUCAAAUGAUUUUUAAUAUCUUGUAUACUGGAUCAUUUUUCGUAACUUGGUUUAAUUUUUAUCCACGGUUGAUAUAAAUAUUAAGGUGUUUUUAAUUGCAGGCUGAUUAUGAACCUCGUCAUGAAGCAUUUUGGUUUGUUGGUGGUUUAGAUGUACCACAUACUGUUAGAAACCAAAGAAAAAAACAUAAAUGGUUACGUGAUCAACUUGAAGAGCCUAUCGAUCGACCAGUUCAAUAUAUUGGGACACCUCUGCUGACUUUGAGAAGUAACUUGCCACUCAAACCACUACUGCCAUAUGUUGAAGCAACUAAUCCCGAUUUCAAAGUGCCGAAAUUCUCUUUCGUUCCCGAAAGUGUUGGUUAUCACACGCAACACAGACAUGGCACUAAUAUACCAGGAUUUUGGACUGGUGAUUGUGAUGAAUUUGGCUUAUUAUCCUAUCAUGGUCGUGGUCAUAUAUCAGUAAGAAAUCCAUCAUUUGGUCUGGAGGAUAAUGUAGAGGCACUGCACUCUCAAGCUUUAAAAGCUAGCUUUGGUUGGCUACUGGGGCAGGCAAAUUACCAAGGAUUUACUACAUACAAUGAUAUUACAUAUCCACUAGUAACACAAACUAUUAUAACAAAUGGAAAAUUAUGGUCAUUUUAUGUUUAUCAAAUGAACACUAUUGCAAUGCAUAAUGAGCAAAUGGAUGAAAAUCCGAAACAUAACAUAUGCUUUGGUACAAAGCCCCUUCAAUUGUAUGAUACUAUUGAGAAUGGCCAGGUAAAAGGAUUUAAUGAAGAAGUUUUGAAGAUGUUAGUUCAGUUGUAUUUAAAUGCUCCAGAAGAAAGAGACCAUGAAAUGAAGCCAUUCUUGGGAAAAGAAGAACAGAUUAUAGCUGACAUAGAAGAUGAUGAAAAACGUCGCUGGUUAGAAUCCAGAUAUAAGCAUUUAGUUUCAAACAGACCCAAACAUUAUUUAAUGCCUGAAAUAUAUCUGUGGGAGAGAAUUUACAAAAUUAAACACAAUACCAGAUUCUUUGAAGCUAAGCGACGGUUCUUUGAACGAGAUAUCAACCCAUUUAAGAGACGUUUGGAUGAACAUUUGCCGCCUUAUAUUCCCAAAGUCUUGCGACCAUAUCCAAGAUGUAGAAAGAAAUUUGAAAAUACAUAUUAUCCUAAAGUGUGAAAAAAUUAUAUCAUUUCCCAGAUAUAAUAUGUAGAAUUAUUUAAAAUAAAAUUGUGUUAGU